UUGGCUGCCAGCACAACGAAAAAUCCAACGUGUGCGCCACCUCUCAAGACAUAACGGAGAUUUUUUACUCAUUUUCGCAUUUUUUUUAUUAGCGAUUGCCAGAUAACUUUGAGCCAGUUAUUUUUGGACUUUAGUUUUCGGUCUCGGUGGCUCCCGAGGGUCAUCACAGCGUCCUAUACAGCUGUUGGUGAAUUGUCAAUUGUUGCUAUAAGAUUUAUAGUUUUUAGUAUUUCACGAGGGCCUCAUCAGUGCAAUCCUCAUCAUCUUGGGACGAUAUUUAUCGGUUUAUAAUGAACAUAUGAGGAGGACUUCGGGUCACUGUGGAAGCAUCUUGACGCACGUCAAGGUUAUCCACACACUAGACAGUCAUCAACCAUUGUUCUUGUCAAUGAUCACAUGAAUGUUCAAUUGCCUGUGACGCGACGGAUUUCUUUUUCUGCACUUUGUUCUGCAGAGUCACUCCAGUUGAAGUGUAAUCACUCUAUUUGUUUUUGUUUUUGUUUUUUUUUACAUGUUUUGGGCUGGGAAUUAGUGAAACAUGUUCCUCUGGGACUGGUUCUCAGGAGUACUCGGCUAUUUAGGCCUAUGGAAAAAGGGUGGUAAGCUGCUGUUUCUCGGCCUGGACAAUGCCGGAAAGACAACACUACUUCACAUGCUCAAGGACGACCGGCUGGCUCAACACGUACCCACGUUGCAUCCGACGUCUGAAGAACUAUCCAUUGGAAAUAUUCGCUUCACGACGUUCGAUCUUGGAGGCCAUACGCAGGCACGUAGAGUAUGGAAGGACUACUUUCCCGCAGUAGACGCUAUUGUAUUCCUGGUAGACGCGAGUGACACUACACGACUACUAGAGGCCAAGGUUGAACUCAAAGCUCUCCUCACUGACGAGCAACUCAGCUCAUGUCCAGUACUUGUAUUAGGCAAUAAAAUCGACAAGCCUGGCGCAGCAUCGGAACAAGACCUCAUGAAUCACUUCAAUCUCUAUGGCCAGACGACUGGCAAGGGUAAAGUCCCCAGAAGUGAUAUUCCCGGUCGUCCACUGGAGCUCUUCAUGUGCUCAGUGUUGAAGAGACAGGGAUAUGGCGAGGGCUUCCGUUGGCUCGCCCAGUACAUUGACUGAACACGCACGUAAAUACAAUUAAAUCCUCCUCCUCGUCAAAACAGGAAGAAACAAAUGAAAAAAAAAUCAACCACCAAUGUAAUCGAUUACGACGAAAUUGGUACCUUAUUGUUACAAUUAUUUUUCAUCAGUGAAAUUUAUUCAGGCAUUGAUAUCAGACGUCAUUGUAUUUAAUUCGAAAUCAAAUCUGAUGUUUGUGCUGAAAAGAUUUGUCAUUUUAAUUGAUUAAACGAUUUAUUGAGAAGCCACGAGGAAGAAGAACAAAAUGAUAUUGAUACGAAAAUGAAUGCAAAACGGUUUGAGAAAUAAACAGGAAAAAACAUUUUGAUAAAUGAACAAACAA